UCGCGAGUUUCCGGAAACUACGGAACUUACCGAAUGUACCUUAGCAACGCAACGUAAACAGACAAAAUGGCGAGCACGCAAGACGAUGGAGAUAAACCAAAAAGUAAACGGUUAUUUGUUAACCAAGUAGACCAGUUUCAAGGGAAAAAUUUAUCCAAGUAUUUAUCCCGUUGUGUUGUUGGGGCUUCCCUUGAAGAGCCUGAGGAAGAAGAUGAUGCCAAGUCUACAGACAGUUUCAUCCCUCCUCCAAAAGAAGGAUGCUAUGAAAUUGUUGGAACAACCAAAGAAAAGGGACCAAAUGUACAGAAACCAGAUUAUGUGAAAGAACUUGUUAAUUUUGACAACAAAGAUCAGCUGUAUGAGUUCCUUGUUGAAUGUGAUGUUAUUGUUUAUGAUAUCACAGAGGACCCUGACCAGAUUGAUGAGGCUGUUUGGGCUGUGUCAGAACUUCAUUCUGAUCUGGAAAAAAUUGAGAAGCCCAAAAUGUUUAUCCUCAUAUCCUCUGUGAUGACAUGGGCCAAAAGCAAGCCAUUGGACCCUGAUGAUCCAGAAAUCCCAUUCACUGAGGAUGAUUACAGAAGAAGAAAACCACAUCCUAAUUUCAAGGAACACAUCAGUGCUGAGAAAACAGUUAUUAAGCUGGGAAAGACUAACAAAAGCAAGCUGGUAACUUAUGUGGUAGCAUCUGGUCUCACAUAUGGUGCUGAGGAGCAGAUUUUCCAUUAUCUCUUCAAGUCUGCCUGGCACAAUGCCCCAGAGCUCCUGUGCUUUGGAAAUGGACAGAAUGUUGUACCCACAAUCCACAUUAAAGAUCUAGCUGCAGUGAUCCAGAAUAUUGCUGACAGUCGACCCAAGGUGCGGUAUCUCAUUGCUAAAGAUGACUCAAACAGUACCCUAGAAGAAAUUGUCAAGAGUGUUAGUGGAAGCCUGGGCACAGACAAAGUGAAGAAUAUUACCAAAGAAGAAGCACUUUUGAAUAAGGAAAUUGAGCAAAAUGAUUUUGACAUGUUACUGGUUAACCUACGUAUGGAUGCAGUGAAUGUCAAAGAAAACAUGAGAAUCAGUUGGGUGUCAGAGGCUGGUAUGGUGGAGAAUAUACAAGCUAUUAUCAAAGAAUACAAAGAUACCAGGAACCUACAUCCAUUGAGAGUGUGUGUAUUGGGACCACCAGCCAGUGGAAAGUCAACAGUUGUGAAACAGUUGUGUGAGCAUUACAAAUUACAUCACAUCAAGAUUAAAGACGUCAUUGAUCAGGCUAUAGAUGACUUGACAACCACAUCUCGUCGUGCUGAUUCUGAAGAUCAGGAAGAAGAUGAAGGAAAAGCCCAAGAUGCUCAAGAACUUCUCGACUCAAUCAAUGAGGGCAAGGAAAAUAACAAUGGACGUAUAGAGGAUACAUAUGUCCUCAAAUUUUUCAGAGACAAACUUUUAUCAAUGCCGUGUCAGAACCAAGGGUUUAUCCUGGAUGGUUUUCCAAAGACUAUGGAACAAGCAAAAGAGCUCUUUGCAUCUGAGGAUGAUGAGGAGCCUGAGGAGUCAGCCAAGCCAACUAACUAUAACCGUCUUAUAAUGCCUGACCACGUCAUCAGUCUUAAAGCUAAUGAUGAAUUUCUGAAACAUCGUGUGAUGAACCUUCCCGAGAGUGAGGUGGUCAACACUCAUAACACGGAGGAGGGUCUUGUGAGGAGACUCGAGGCUUACAGGAACGCUAAUACAGAGGAAGAAACUGUCCUUAAUUAUUUUGAUGAGUUGGAGAUACAUCCUGAAGAUAUUGAUGUUGUGAAAGAUAGCUCCCAUAUGAUGAAGGAUACAGUAGAAAAAAUAAAGAAAAUCAUUGGAAAAGCCAGAAAUUAUGGACCUACACCUGAGGAGCUUGAACAAAUGAAGAAACUGGAAGAAGAAGAAAGACAAAAGAAAGAAGCUGAGCAAAAACAAGAGAAAGAGAGAAAAGAAUUAGAAGAAGCACAAGAGAGAAAGAAGAGACAAGAAGAAUGGACACAAAGAUUGAAUGAAGUAAAACGUGAGGAGUAUGAACUGCUGGAGGCCCAGUCAAUACCAUUGAGGAAUUAUCUCAUGAAACAUGUGAUGCCUACCCUCACCCAGGGCCUCAUUGAAUGUUGUAAAACCAGACCAGAUGACGCCAUUGAUUUCCUAGCUGAGUAUUUGUUCCAACAAAAUCCACAAGUAGACUAGAGAUCAACUUUUGGCAUAUUAUAGAAAAAAAUAUGACAUUUUAUUCAUUGAUAAUGUUGGGAAAACUGUGUUUAUAAAGCAAAAUCAACUACUGUUCAAUAUUGUAUGUGAACUACUAUUUGUAUGAAAAGUCUGUGAUAAAAAUUGUGCACUGUUAUUUUAUUUUUUGAACAUUUAUUUAUUCAUAGAUUUUGUUAGAGCUUACAUGAUUAUUCUGUUUUGACAAAGUCUUGUUGUGUAUGGUGUAUUUUACAGCAGUACCUGGACAUUCCGUUUAAUAAACACUUUUAUAUGGUGUAUGCAUUUUUAAGUUCUCUUCUAUUCUGUAAUUUCAUUGAUAAAGAUUAUAACUUUAUGCUCUAGAAUGUUACCUAUUCAUUGUACAUGUAUCUAUAAAAAAUUUAAAAUAGCAUUUUGCAAUAAAAGUUUAUGAAAAUUU